AUAAUCACAUAAUAUCCUGUUUUUGUAUCUUCUAAAUGUAAAGCCAUCAAAUACUUUCUUCGUCUUCUUCUUCAUUAAAUAUGGCAAACCUCAGAAUCAAUUUUAGUGGCAAGGAUGAAACGAGGAAGGUUAAGGCAGAAUUAACAGGUCUCCAACAUUUGGGCGUUCAAAACAUUUCUCAAGAGAUCAGUGGUGGCAGCCCAAGAAGUUCGGAUAUUAAGGUAAGUAGUGGAAAAAGAGAUGGGGAUUAUGAUAAUAAAAAGGAGAUUACAAGACAUAGGUAUGCUUUUCAAACAAGGAGCCAAGUGGACAUAUUGGAUGAUGGGUAUAGAUGGAGAAAAUAUGGGCAGAAGACAGUCAAGAACAGCAAGUUCCCAAGAAGUUACUAUAAGUGCACGCAUAAUGGAUGCAGCGUGAAGAAGCAAGUGCAACGCAAGUCUGAAGAGGAAGAGGUAGUGGUGACCACUUAUGAAGGGAAGCAUACUCAUUCCAUCGAGACAUGCACUGAUAACUUUGAAGACAUCCUCAGACACAUGCAAACUCACACACUCCUUUCUAAACGCCACGCAGUUUGAGAUAGACAUAUUGGAACAAGAAGUGUGAGGACGUGAGGGUUAGACCCAGCCCAGGCAUUGAGUUUCCAAGAAGUGUGUAAAAAAUAUUUAUAGAAAGGUAUAUUGUUCUGUGCUUAGUUCGAUCCAGUAUAUAUUUGCUAAGUUGAAUUCAAAAUGAUAUAUACUUGAAAUUAAGAGGGAGAUUCUCUGAUUAA